AGCCGGGAAACCCAAAUCCCAGAAUUGCGAACAGUGAACAAUAUUCUUAAUUUUCAAAACAUUUCAAACUAUCCAACUUCAAUUCAACUACCCCUUCAAAUUUGGCUCAAAGGGGUUUCUUUCUCUCUUUACGUCACCACUUUCCUUCGUCGUGGAUCACAGUGUGCGCUUCCGCAGUAUCCGCUUCUCUUUGCCAUUCUACAUGUAUUGGGUUGGUACCCUUUUGUUUGGUUAUUCAGGGAAACUUUACGGUGACAAUUAAGCAUGAGCGUGCAGAAUCAUAGCUGUUGCAGUUGACAUUGAUAUACACUUUUUGACAUCUGGAAAUAUAGUUGCCAUCGUGGUCCUCUGUCAUUAUUGAAGAUAGAGAGGGAAAUGGGAAAAAUAGCUCUUGCAGCAAUAGUGAGCUUAUGGGUUAUUCCUACCACCAUAAUGGUUAAUCGCAUAGUUCCUGAGCCAUAUAUGGAUGAGAUAUUUCAUAUACCACAGGCACAGCAGUACUGCAAAGGAAAUUUUGGUAGUUGGGACCCUAUGAUUACUACUCCUCCUGGCCUGUACUAUCUUUCACUUGCCCAUGUUACUUCUUUAUUUCCAGGCUUUUACUAUUUAGAAGCUGCUUCAUCAUUUUUUGACAUGUGCUCCACUGCAAUUCUUCGAUCAGUUAAUGGUGUCUUAGCAGUUGUCUGCAGUGUAAUUCUAUAUGACAUAGUUACUCACUUGAAGCCAACCCUUAAUGAUAGGAAGGUGAUGCUUCAUGCAGUGGUCCUAUCCCUGUACCCCCUUCACUGGUUCUUCACUUUUCUCUAUUAUACAGAUGUUGCAUCUGUUACUGCAGUGCUGGCUAUGUAUCUUGCAAGUUUGAAGAAAAAUUACUGGUUUAGUGCAUUGAUUGGAGCGUUUGCAGUUGUUAUUCGACAAACAAAUAUUAUAUGGGUGCUUUUUGUUGCAUGCACUGGGAUCAUAAAUAUUUCUGCAACUCAUGGAAAGCACGAUACAAAAACUGCUGCGUCAUAUGUAUCUAUCAAGCAUGGUUGGGCAUAUGCUACUGGUAGUACAAGUACAGAGGGUGUCAAUCUGAGAAAGCGAAAAAUUGUUAAAUCUGGGGAUACCAUUGAACAGUCAUCUAGUUCACAUGCUUCUUAUCCUUCCUUUUCUUCAGGUUUUGCUGAUGAAAUAUGGUCCAUCCUUGUAACAUUAUGGCACAUGAAGUGGGAGCUUUUAAUUUCAUUUAGCCCCUUUUUUAUGGUGUUGAUGGCCUUUCUUUUAUUUGUCUAUUGGAAUGGAAGUGUUGUUCUGGGUGCAAAAGAAGCACACGCAGUUACCCCACAUUUUGCUCAGAUGCUUUAUUUUAGUUUGGUUUCUGUACUGGCUCAAGCUCCUAUGCAUUUCACUAUCACCCAGGCUGUGGACCUGUUUCAGAUGUUGUUUCGGAAGAGUAGGCCCCUUCUUUUCUUUCAGAUGUCUCUGGCCCUUGUUGUUGGCAUUCUCUCAGUACACUUUUUCAGUGUAGCUCAUCCAUACCUCCUUGCCGAUAAUCGGCACUACCCUUUUUACCUUUGGAGGAAAGUUAUCAUGGCUCACUGGUCAAUUAAAUAUCUUCUAGUUCCAGUUUACACAUGUUCAUGGCUUUCCAUCAUCCACAUGCUGGGAAAAAUUAAAAGUAAAAUAUGGGUAUUGGCAUACUUCUUGGCUACUGCAGCUGUUCUUGUACCAGCUCCACUAAUAGAGUUCAGAUACUACACUAUACCAUUCUAUUUUCUGGUGCUUCAUUGUAACAAUAGGGAUGAUCAUAGUUGGAUUCUCACAGGCACACUAUAUAUUGGUGUCAAUAUCUUUACAAUGGUGGUGUUUCUAUUUCGUCCAUUUCAUUGGGAUCAUGAGCCUGGAAUUCAAAGGUUUAUAUGGUGACUCAAUUCAUCAGAAAAACAAGAUUUGUAACACAGCAAAACUGCCCUUUUUAGGCUUUUACCACCAAUUUUACAAGAGAAAUUUUUUAAA